AGUGCUAUUCCCGCCUUCGAGACAAAAGCUCAACGCGUAACCAAAAGUGGCAGUGUUAAAAAGUCAAAAUUAGAACGAAGACAGUUUUGAAAUUCGAAUAAUGUCGCGGACAUUUUGAAAAAUUAGUGGAUAAUAAAUUAAUUUUAAUUUUAAAGUGUUCAUUUAUUAGGCCUUUUUUAUUAAAUUUUAUUUUAAAGACUGAAUAUAAAAUUCAAGAUGGGUUUCGACUUUUCGCGAAGGCAGUGGUUGACAAUAGUUGUAAUAUCUAUUGCAGACUUCUGCAAUGCUAUCUGCGUCGCUCUGCAGGCACCAUUUUACCCACAAGAGGCAGAGAAGAAAGGAUGUACAGCCACAGAGUUUGGGCUGGUGUUCGGUGUGUUUGAGUUAGUGGUGUUUCUAGUCAGUCCUAUUUAUGGCGCCCACCUCAACAAACUGGGCCCCAAGCUGCUGUUCAAUGGAGGUAUCCUCACGACGGGCACAUGUGCCAUUUUAUUCGGAAUGCUGGAUAAAGUUGAAGGCCAUGUUCCCUUCAUCACAUUGAGCUUCAUCAUCCGAAUUGUAGAAGCCAUGGGGAAUGCUGCGUUCCUCACAGCCUCCUUCGCGAUCAUCGCCAAGGAGUUCCCUAACAAUGUCGCCACCAUGUUUGCUUCCCUAGAAACCUUCUUCGGUCUGGGUCUGAUCGUCGGUCCAACGUUGGGAGGUGCUCUAUACGACUUCGGAGGCUACAGCUUACCUUUCGCUGUGCUGGGAUCAGCUCUGUUCUGUGCAGCUGUCAUGAGCUGCUUGGUGCUGCCCAAGAGUCAUGAUGAUGAGGAUCUGAAGCCCAGUGGACCAUCAAUGCUAUCGCUCCUGAAGGUGCCUGGAGUACUGCUGUCCGCACUCAGUAUUAUGAUGACCAGUAUGAGCAUUGGAUUCCUGCAGGCGACUCUUGAACCACAUCUACGUCAAUUCCAGUUCUCAUCCAUGGUGCUAGGUCUGAUGUUUGUGAUCAACGGCGGAGUGUACGCGGUGUCCGCGCCCGGCUGGGGAUGGCUGUGCGACCAUCCAGCCAUCAAGCAGAAGUACGUCAUCGCUGUAGGAUGCGCCUUCGUGUCCGCUGGGUUCCUCCUCAUUGGACCUGCGCCGUUCUUUGAUAUGGAAACCCAAAUGUGGGCGGUGAUACUUGGCUUGAUGCUGCACGGUUUGGGUAUGGGCAGUCAGCUCGUCGCAUCGUUCUCUGAUGCACUCGGAACGGCUAUAGCCAGUGGUCUCCCGAACUCCAUAGAGACGUACGGGCUGGUGUCAGGCAUGUGGACGUCCACGUUCGCCCUGGGCGCGUUCAUCGGGCCCACCGUGUCGGGGCUGCUGUUCGACUCCAUCGGGUUCCGCAGCUCCACACUCUUCGUGUUCAUCCUGCAUCUGGUUGUGAUGGUGAUGAUGCUAAUGUUCACCUGGACUUGUGACCGCUCCUCCAAGAUGGAUGUAUCCGUAUCUGCUGGAGACUUACUGCAGAUCGACGGGACACUGGACGAGAGUGUGCUCAUUGGAGACAAGUUCCUGCCUCCUCCGAGGACCAAGAGAUGGGCGAGCCGAAGUCAGGUGGAGGAUCCUCUGGUCGAAAACAUGGUCAUCGGUGACAAUCUACAAGAGCAAAGGACGAGAAGCCGCCGCUGCGGUAUCAGCGUGGAGCAGUCUCGGCCUCCUGCCAUGAACAGCCUGAUCGCCUGCUCCAGCUAUAAGAACAGGAGGAGUCCCUGGAGCCAGCGCACUCCUCGGUACAGGCCCACUUACGGCAGCCUCGACCAUAGGUACAGGGGCGCUUAUAACACAUAAGUUAAUUUAAAAUGUUGUAAAAUAAGUUUAGUUAGGAACUUUAUUAUUAUCUGUACCUAUAUUUUUGCGUUAUGAGUAGAGAUCAAACUGAAUUAAUUAUUACUUGCUACUGACGUACCAGCGCGACAAUCGCCGUGUCGUGUGUCGCGGAAUGCUGCUCAUGAAUAUGAGCCUCUAGCAUGGCUUGAAACUAGUCGAGUUCCUCGUCAAAACAGUACGUGAGUAAGCCGAUAACAUAAUAAUUAAUUUAGUAUGUCUCACGAAAGUUAUAAUAAAAUUAGAGAUCAAACUAUCCAAAAUUAUCGAUUUUGUUUAUUGAUUUUUAAUUAGUUGAUUUUUAGUUAAGUAACAGAAUCUUAUUAGGGAGAAAAGUUAUUCAUACGGCUAUAUACCAAAUAUCUAGAUAAAAAAUAUUUAUGAGAUGAGAGAGAUAAAGAGAGGAUGAGCUCUUUAUGAUUUUUGACGUCAUAUUUGGGUUUAAUACCAAAGAUAGUUUAAUUUCUUUUAACGGUGCCCUCACUAAGAUUUUCUUUGUGUCGUGGGUGACUUUACAAACAUAGAAGUUCAUAUACACAUGACACUCAGACCCGAAACAACAAUUUGUGGAUCACACAAAGAUUUGCUCCGUGCGAAAAUCGAACUCGUUGCACGGCAGCUGGUUGAAGAUCUUAAACGUUAUUACUCCUUUUUUGUUAAAAUUGCUCAAUUUGAUAGAAAGUAACUGUAGGUAUUCCUUUAAUAUUUAUUUUGUGACAUUUAAUUAUUUGACUACCCGAGACAAUGAAUCUGAAGGUGCUUAGCAUUACGAAGAUAUGUAGCUAAGCAGUAAUUUUACUGAAGUUUAUAAAUAUUUUAUUAUAGGAAAAUAGUAUAUAAUGUUAAUGAGUCUAGUUUAUGUUCUACAUAAGUACCGUUUGAUUAUAAUUCUUUAUAUAGUUACCAAUAUAAAUAAUCCUGUAAAUAUGUAUCAUAUUUCUAGUUUUAUUUUUCUGUGAAAAUAAUUUAGUUAAAUAAAGAUUCUUUAUUACUUUA